AUGGCGUCGAGGUCGACAAUGGAACACGCCGACACAAUAUACAAUGACCCGAGAAAAGCUUUUGAUGAUCCUCGACGAGAAGCAAUUUUCCGUAGGACAUAUCGACGUUGGAAGAAGGCUCUUGCUCACGCCAAGUCCACUCCUGUUGAUAACCUUUUACACGUGCGUGAUCUAGACAGUCUUCUAGUUCGAAUACCCGCGCUACCAGCGCGUAUCCCAAGCAACUGGGCAGUCAUUGAGGGAUUUUCAACUUGGGAAAAUCAAAGCAAAUCUUCAAGUAAGAGUUGUGACUUGCGACAGAAGCAGGAUCCAACCCAGGAGCUCUCCCUACGGCAACCAUGGUACAUCAAGUGCAGUCUAUCUACCGAAGCAAGCUUCCAAGUAUGGAAAACUUCCAAGUACAAUGGAUUGGCUCUUCUUGUUCUUGCCUGGGCGUAUAUUCUAAAUAUGAGUCUUGCAGAACGGCAAGGUCUUCAUUUGCAUUUGAAAUAUCUUCGGUCCAACCCCCGACGAGAUUCUUCUUCGUGUGCUUCGUCGGAUCCGCUGCGACGUAUCGAACUUGCUUAUGCGACAGACCAGGAAGUAGCCUGGUGGAAACUCAUUAGCACGCCCGGGAGGCCUCAGCUAGGCAAAAAGGAACGAGGUCCGCAUCUGCCCUGGACACUCUUACUUGAAGACGUUUGCUCACUAGAGAUUAUCGGGAGCGGAGUUGCCUCGGAACUUGCGGAACUGCCAACGGCCGCCAUAGCUGCCACUUAUCUAGCUCGGUUUUGUGCCGCCUGUGGCCUGGGAGAUCAAAACUCUGCGGCAUUUGCAGCGGCGCUCGCUCUCCCGUCGCGCAGCUUCCGCUCUACGUAUACACUGCUUCCCACAAUUACUCUACCCGCAGUUUCGUUGCCUCCAUCCGUGAAUCUCUCUGGAUCAUACGAUACCUAUCCUCCUCAUUUCGAGUCACUUAGCUAUUUCAUGACACUCAGCCUUUCCAUCCACACCUUCGGUGCUUGCCUGGAAAGUGUAGUUUGGGAGCCGGGUAUUGACUGCAACGUUGCAGGAGCCGUGACUCGGGCCAUCAGUAAGAUACUUGAUCCAAUCUACGAAUCGAGAGACUACGAAUUGCUAGCGAAAGUUCUGUCUAGUACAAAAGCGGCGCCUUUGUGGCUCGGUGUUUCCUUGUGUAAUUGGGGAUAUCCCCUUCGCGCUUGUCUUGAGUAUGGUGACACUUACACAAUUAAAUGGGAGGAGAUAGCCCCUUGGACAGGCAUUUCUCAGUCGUUUCUAGAUCUCGAAAACCAGGGACCAUAUCUACGAGAAGAUGAUACGGUUACUAGAGCCAAUGUUUGGCGCUUGCGUCACGACUGCUUCAAUAACUAUACGGAUGAGUCUUAUCAUAAGAUUCCAAAUAACCCGUGGCCCCCUUUUGGGUUUAUGCGUUCCAAGGACGUUGAUAUGGAGUUGCAAAGCCACCUCAGAUGUUCACACCACUGGAAGUACCAACAUUGGACAUGGCUUGUUCCUGGAUCUAUAAGAGACAAAGGCUAUACUACGCAUCAACGCAACCCUGAACCUCCGAUGCCUUUACCUCUAGAAAAUAUAAGUAUUGGUGACGAAACGGUAGUGGAUGAGGAGGAUAUGGAGGCAAUUUGUCGUAUUUCAAAAUACACAGCCAAAAACGUCUUCUUCUGGUCCCGUGACCAAGUAGAAGAAAAUUUCACGCAUAAUAUCGUCGAUGAAUUUUACCAUGGUGAAGAGCCAUUGGAGGAUGAGCAGAGCGACAAAAAACCAAUGGAUUUUGGGCCAAUAUACAAGUGGGUGGAUAGAGUAGUAGCACUUGACGAAGAUUCCGAAGAUGAACUGUCCAGGGAGUAGUAAAAGCAAUGUAUAGGUAAAUGUUUUAUAAAU